AUGCAAAAUUAAUCACUUGAUGAGGUCUUAAAAUAGAAUUAGGAAUUGAAGGAAUUGCUGCUAAAACUGAAUUAGGAUAAGCAAAUGUUCGAAAAGAAAGUUUAACGAAAAACUCAAGAGUUAUAAAAAUUAAAGUAAUCAUAUGAAUUCUUGAGUGACAAGAUUAUGACUUAAAAGCAUCUGUUGGGAAAUGUGGAGGCUGAAUAGGAUUAAUUGUUGCAACUAAUUGUGGAGUAAAUGAUUUCGAUGCUUGGUCAGAAGCAGGAAGGAACCUCUAAUAAUCCAUGCACGAAUGACAUUUGCAAAGUGAUGUAAGUUUCACUGCAGCAGAAUCAGGAAUAACAGAAACAGGAUUUCUUAUAUUAUUCUAAGAAGAUCAGACAAAAUGAGGAAGUGUUAUAGGAGAUUAAAUAAAAAUAUGAAAAUCAAAUAAAGGAAUUGAAUGAAUAGAAUUAGAUUCUAAAGCACAAGUUGGACUUUCUGAUAGGCAAAACUGUAUAUUAUCAUGAGGCAAUAUUAGAUUUAAAUUAAUAAGUGAGUGAAGUGCAUUAUUUAAGGAUAUCUUUAUAAGAAAAUCAAAAGAAAGUGGAAGAUGAUUUAAUGGCUAAGAGUUAAUAGAAGAUCGCCUAAUUGGAAGUUCGAAACAAUUUUUUGAUUGACUAAGUUAAGAGCAUGGAGUAAGAAUUGGUGAUGGUGGAGAAACUAGUAACAAACAUCGAAUAAUAAACGAUGCAAACAAAAAAGAGAGGCAAAUGA